AUGGAGGAGUCUCCCUCUCCUCCACCCGUUCCACCGAAAGACGACUACUACUCCGCUGGCGGUGGCGGCGGUAAGGUAGGCAGCAUGGAAUCCACACGCCUUGCCAGCAGUUCGAAACGGAGGCGAGAUGCGCAAGACGACAUCAGCUAUCACUAUGGCACGGCAGAUCUCGAGGCUGGCAGCAAUAAUGACAGACCGACUCCUUCGAAGCGCUCCAGGUCUCACGCGGCCGCCAGUGACGGCGAGAUCUCCGAUUCCACAUCUCAGCACGCAGCCCAACUUCGCCGCAAAGGUGGCAUUCGAAAUCUCUCCAACCUCAACCUCCGGCAUGCCGCCUCGACUUCUGUCCUGCCUGCUCGACAAGCCUCUCCUCCACGCGAGUCGAGAUUCGUGGAAGGGAGCCUGAACGACAAGCCGAGCCAGCAACCGCCCUCUGUCUUUACACGAGUUACUCGAACGGACAGUGGCAGUCUGCAGUAUGUGGAGGAGCUCAUGGCAGAUUACCACAAGGGCAUGCCGACGCCAUGGAGCACUGUCCAGAAUACGAUCGAGUAUGAGAAGGAGAUAAUGCCAGAGCGAGUGGCCGCCAUCAAUGCUCGCAGUAAAAAUGAGGAUGGUGCUGGCAUAUUUCGAUUCGGCAAGUCAUGGGGCACCAAUUUCCACCCAGUGGCACUCUGGAAUCGACUCUGGAGUGACACGAAAGAGGAGGUGACGCGGCAGAACAUGCUGGAGGCCGAGAGAAAGGAUAGGCUCAAGGCGGAAGCGGAGGCCAAGUAUGCACAGAUGAAGCGAGCAGGACUCUUCGGGGUCCCACCGGCGGGUUCCACCGAAGUAGCAUCAACGCCGCAGGACUCUGCCAUAGCAUUGGACAGCGGGACUGACGAGCACCAUCAAACUGAGUCUUUGGACUCUCAUGCUCGAUACUCUCAUGAAGAGCAGAGCCAAGAGGGGGCAGCGGUACAGGAGCCACCCAGAACGUUGCGCGGCAGGCUGUCUCGUAUGCAGCUGCGGAAACCGUCUAUGACAUCGCUGAGUGGUACUGUCAAGCGAGCCAAGUCUGAGUUCAACCUAGCAGCCUUGCAUAGGGACUCGUCUGCAUCGCUGUCACCGUCCAAAAUAGGUUUAGAUGGUGCGUCUUCGGUCUUGAGAAGCUCUGCUUCCAAGUACGACCUGAAAAAGCAGAACCGGCUUUCGAAGCGAGUGAGUAAUUUGGAAGAGAAGUUGCAGCUUGCAAGGAUGGAACUCGACACUGCUUUGGCAGAGGCCUCGCCUGCACCCAAGCUUACGAGCAAGUUCGAAAGAUUCACGCCUGUCAAUAGUAUGAAGAGAAAGACGAGGAGGCCCAAGUUUAUUCCAGGAGCACUGCCGACGCUGCCUAGUGAGCGGCUGCUGUUUCCGGAGCUGCGCGGACCUGAAACUUAUGAGGAAACAGUCCCACGUGCUGAAAGCGAAGUUCGGACGCACAAGAUCAUUGACCUGAGCACCGCGUUCGAUGACAUCGAUGACGAGGGAACCAUCAGGCGACCACAUGUCCAAUCCCAUCGGCCACACGCGAAGGAGAUCUUCCAAGAUACGGAUCAGUCCAUUGCUCAGACCAUACGAUCAAUCGAAGAAAAACGCGAGCUUCAGGCAAAGAACCCUGCCAACCAAUCGAUCCAACUCGAUCAAGUGGACCAAGAGAUAGUUCACAACGUUACCGCAUCGAAUGCAGAACCGGGAAACGCUAUACUCGACGCUAAGCUCAAAGCACUCGACGUUUCUGUCAAAGCUGCAAAGAAGCCUGCGAAGUCUAAGAAGCGAGGGGCUCUUGCUGUCGAAGAUAAGUCCUUCAAUCCUGGCAGGGGAGUAGACAACGACGAUGAGGAGUGGGAAGAAGCAGAGCAACUCUCAACGAAAAAGAAGCGCAAGUCUGCUGGCAAAGCUGAGCACAGUCCACCGAUGAAGAAGAGCACCGCUGGACAGAAGCAAAAAUCUCCGCAGAGUAAGACCACUAAGAAGACUGCGACCACCACCAGGUCGAAGAAGUUGAAUGCGGACAAGCAGACAACCGAGGUUGAGGUGACGAAGUCCCAGCUUAUCGAGAACACUGGCAUGGACGAUGCUGUGCUGAGCGAGGACGAGUUAGCACGCCCCAAGACAGCUGAAGAAGGCGACGAUCUCAUCCUCGAGCCGCUCUACGAGGAAGAGGAGGAGAUGAGCGUCAUGCCGCUGAAUGAUGAGCCGCGUGAGCCGACUGCGACUGCAACGCCAGCUAGGCACGGGCGUAGUGCUGUUCGCCCUCGAUCGAAUAGCAUGCACAAGCGGGCGAGUCGUGCUACAUCUCGUCAA